UUUGAUUGGACUGUGUUGCACUGAAGCUGAAUUCAAGACGGAUUUAAAAAAAGACCUGCCAGCUGAAUGAAUGCUGUCACAGAGGGAGGAGCUGGACCUGGCCCCAGGGACCCAAGAUGAUGCUGUCAGUGACGUCGUUCACUCCACCUGGUGCCCAAAGAGGCCUCGGCCCGAGCAACACCGUCCAGUUUACAGGACCAGGUCCAAGCUGCCAGGCCGCUGGGGCAGGCAGGCCUGGCUUGCAGGGGUCUGGACGGCUCAGAGGGAAGCUGGUAAAAGCAGGGUAAGCCCAGGUCCCACCUCUGCCCCUUCAGAGGCCAAGGCCACUGCAGAGUCCAGAGCAGCCGGAGGACUACAUUUCCCAGAGUCCCCCAAGCCCAGGGAUGAGCCAUUGGCCGAUUUAAAUAGCCCAGGCCCGAGGCAGCCAGGCCGCAGCUGUGGACUCCUCACCUCCUGGAGGCUCUGCUGGUGCAGGCCCCGCAUUGGAGGGCUCGAUUGGCUGCCCGGCUGGCACUGACGUCCCCUUGGAGCUGGGUGGCAGCGGAGAUAAACAGCCAUGUGCAACUCUCCACACUAUAUUUAACAGCUGCGGCGGAGAAGGCAGGGAGGCAGCCACGGUGGCGGCUCUGGGGGCAGCUCUUGUCUUCGGGGAGAAGGCCCUUGGAGCCGGGCUGGCAUCGGCCUUCUCGGGGUGAGCGAGGUCACCAUGCCAGCUUCCCAGAGCCGGGCCCGUGCCCGGGACCGCAACAACGUCCUCAACAGGGCUGAGUUCCUGUCCCUGAACCAGCCCCCCAAGGGGGGCCCGGAGCCCCGCAGCUCGGGCAGAAAGGCCUCGGGCCCAUCAGCACAGCCCCCACCUGCUGGUGACGGGGCCAGAGAGCGACGCCAGUCACAGCAGCUGCCAGAGGAGGACUGCAUGCAGCUGAACCCCUCCUUCAAGGGCAUCGCCUUCAACUCCCUGCUGGCCAUCGAUAUCUGUAUGUCCAAGCGGCUGGGGGUGUGCGCUGGCCGGGCGGCGUCCUGGGCCAGUGCCCGCUCCAUGGUCAAGCUCAUCGGCAUCACGGGCCACGGCAUCCCCUGGAUCGGAGGCACCAUCCUCUGCCUGGUGAAGAGCAGCACACUGGCCGGCCAGGAGGUGCUCAUGAAUCUGCUCCUGGGAAUGUUUGCUUUUAAGAACAUUUCCCCUGCCCCAAACAUUGAAAAAUUUGCAACCUACUUGUUAAGAUAAGGCUUCAGGCUCAUUCCAGCAGCCAGCUGCCAUGGGCACAAAGCUGUUUGCCCCACGGGAUAAAGAUGAAGAUUUGAGUUGCCUUCCUCCUUGAACAGAAGUGAUAGACAUUUUUAAAAAUCUUUAAAAACAUCAUGUAUUGAGCUUUAUUAUGUACCAAAGACAAUGGCAUGAACGGCCUGUAUUUUAUGAUGUAAAAAAGCUGUCGAUGACCUUUCAAGGUAAAUAUUAAUAUGCCCAUUUUACAGAUGAGUAAACUGAGGCUCAGAAAGCUCAAGCAACUUGCCCACCACACAGCUAUAAGCGGUAGGUUCAGGAAGUAAAUCCAAGUCCCCGUGACUGCAAACCCCCCCACUCCUCGCUGCUCACCGUGGGGCUGCAGGUCGGGCGUAUCAUCCGUGUUCACUGCACUCCUGGAGUGUGUGUGUUUUGCGGAGGGGAAUGAUCUGGGAGGAGGUUGACUGUCUUCAUAUCCAGGUAUUGAGGCCAUGGGGACAUAGGGCCUGGCACAAGUCAGGCAUUCAGCACAGGCCACAGAGCAGGCCGGGUGGGUCUGGGGACCCCGAGGUCACUCUGUGGGGAUGCCAGCCCAGCCCUCGGCUUGGUGGGAGAAAAUUGCAGCAAAUGGCCAAGGCAGGCUCUAAUCCUGCAGCUCUGGUCUGACCUGCCAGGAAGGAAGGUCCCACGGUCCUCUGCGCUGGGGAAAGCAGACCACCCACUGAGCGCACGCUGCAGGUUCCAUCUGUCCUUUUGUCUUCGGAAGGCACCCUUCAACCCUGGAGCACAGGCUCUGGGGAGAGACUGGCUGUUGUCCAGGUCCCUGCUCUGACCCUCACUUGCUGUACGCACAUGCUCAAGUCAGUUCCUGUCUCUGAGCCUCAGUUUCCCUAUCUGGGGGCUGAGGGGGAUGUGGCAGGGAUGUGAAGGGAGCUGGCAAAGCAUUUGGCAUGGUGGGUGCCAUGCCACACGGUGACAUCACUGCAAUACUGAAGGGGGAGGGAGCCCUACCUAGCCCUGCCCACCCGCUCUGGCCCCGUGGCACUGAGCUAACCCCCAGGGGCAGUCUCUGGGCUGGGAGCAAGACCUCCGAGCUUGCGGUUGGGACCUGGGUUCCACUUGGCUCUGAAGAGGCAGACUUGGGAGCUUGGGAAAUGGGAGCUGCAGCUACGAGGCCUAGGAAGGGUCUCGCUGGGCCCGGGGAAGUUCUCUGCAUGCUCCCUGCUUGGCAAGCAGUCCCAUGCCUUCCCUGCUAGCCCCUCCCCUAGUGCACACUGUCAAGACUCUAGAAAGCUCAGAGCCAGAAGGGGUCUUAGCAGCAGGCAAAAGUUUGGACUCCACAGGCAGCUGGACCUGGGUGCAAAUCCCAGCCCUGCUGUGGGAACUCAGGCAAGUGACUUUGCCUCUCUGAGCCUCAGUUUCUUCAUCUGUCAGAUGGGUUGUUGGGAAAUCUCCCUGAUGAAUAACACAUGAAGUGCUUGGCACUUACUGAUGUUUUACGCUUAAGUAGCAAUGAUUAUCAUCAUCAUUAUCACCGUCAUCAUUGUCAGAAGUCCAGGACCAGCCUCCUGCCAGGUACCUUCCAAGCUCUAGAUGCCUUGAGACCACCUGUCCCCUUCUCCCUCCCGAGCAGCACCCAGCUUGAUGAUCCGAAGGGAGCCAGGUGACAGGUGACAGUGACCAGGCCCAUCCCAGUUCACUAAGCCCAUCCUUGUUUCCUCAUGGGCCUGUCCUGUGGUGGUAAAUGCCUCUGGUCUUGUUCCUUGAUCUAUGUCCUUUAUAAAAGUAUCUUUUUGUUUGUUUGUUUGUUUUUGAGACAGAGUCUGUCUCUGUUGCCCA